AUGGCUUCUGAUUCCAACUCCGGCCCCGCCACAACCUUCGUCCAAGCCGACCCUUCCAACUUUCGCGCCGUCGUUCAACGACUCACCGGCGCCAUCCCACAAGAACCUUUCUUCCCUCCGCGACCUAUCGGCGAAGUCCCCCCUCGGAGAUCCGGAUUCAAGCUCCAUGAACGAAGACAAAACACUGGAAAACUCGAGAUCACUCUCAACGACGGUUUCCGACCUUUUGGUAUCAUGUCUCCGUCGUCAAGACAAAGGAGCUUCACCGUCGGCGAGAUGAUGAUGUCGUCACCGGUUUCGACGUUGGACGUGUACGGAAGAGGGAGCCCACGAACACCAGGGGAGGAAGAAGAAAGAGCCAUUGCAGAGAAAGGGUUUUACUUGCACCCGAGCCCGCUUAGUACGCCGAGAGGAUCCGAACCCGAAUUGUUGGCGUUGUUUCCUCUUUGUUCACCUAAAGAUAAUCCAUCGUCGUCGUCUUUCUAACCCGAAUAUAGGGCUUGUGAUGUACCAGAUGAUUAUAAAUUAAUUAAUUAGUUUAAAUAGGGUUAGUUAGUAUCUUUUUAAAUUUAGUUUAACGUACUCCUCCGAAUUAAGGAGAUUAUUAUUUAUUUAUAAGCAACGGCC